UAAGAUGAAGAAGAUCGUUUUAGUUAAAAAUUUGUAUUUACAAGAUGUAUAAGAUGAAGGAUAACGUUUUAGUUCAAAUGUCUUUAUUUACAAGAUGUGUAAGGUGAAGGAUAACGUUUGAUUUAAGAUAUGUUCGUUGACAAGAGUAAAAAGAGUAAUAGAGAGUAAUAUAACGAGCGUAUAUCGGGUCGGUCAGAAAGCGAAGUUGAAUUUAAAUCGAAUCACUUCGAGACAACAUUCCCUUAAAAUCAUGAGUAAUAAGAAGAACAUGGCAAUUGAUUUCCAAGAUAAUAUGAUAUUGUUAACAAGAAAAUAUUUGAAACGCAAAAUAAUGUGUCCUGAAACAAAAUUUCGACAUCACAUGAAAGAACGUUUACAUAUAUUGGAUUUAUUGAAACGAACUGUAGAAAUGGGUGAAAGUAAUUCUGCGCUACUGAUCGGUCCAAGAGGCAGUGGAAAAACUACACUCAUCAACAGCGUAUUAGUAGAAUUGUCCACUUUGAAGUUUUUUAAAGACAAUGCUCUAAUAGUAAAUCUGCAUGGUUUAGUACAUACCGAUGAUCGUAUAGCAUUGAAAGAUGCUACGCGUCAAAUGCAAUUAGAAAAUGUAGUAAAUGAUAAAGUAUUUGGCACAUUUGCAGAAAAUUUAAGUUUUCUAUUAGAAUCCUUAAAAUCUGGUGACAAGAAACACACUAAGCCGGUUAUUUUCAUACUAGAUGAGUUUGACUUGUUCUGCGAGCAUCAUAAUCAGACUCUGUUGUAUAAUCUUUUUGAUGUUGCUCAGUCUGUCCAAGCUCCUAUCUGCGUAUUAGGCAUAACAUGUAGAUUGGAUGUUAUGGAACUUUUAGAGAAAAGAGUAAAAUCAAGAUUUUCGCAUAGGCAAAUAUUUAUUUUUCCUGGUGACACUUCCUCUGCUGAACAACCAACGUCUGCUUUUGAUAAUCGUUUAGAACUUUUUCAACAUCUUCUUAGUUUACCUGAUGAUGAAAAUGUAAAUAAAAUAGAGCAACAAUAUGAUGACUGUACAAUAGAUCCACACUUUGGUUCGAUGUGGAAUGAAUAUAUUAAAAGUUUAAUUAGUAAUGUUACAAUGGUAAACUUGUUGAAAAGAAUGUAUCAGAUUGAUAUUAGCGAGAGAAGUUUCAGAAAUUUCUUAGCAGUCGCUGUUUCAACAUUAUCAGAAAAGCAUCAAAAAUUAGAAGUAAACGAUUUUGUAGAAGCAAGUAAAAUGUUUUCUCAAGAUGAUAAAAUAUUAAUGCUUGAAGGUUUAUCUGUAUUAGAAAUGUGUUUAAUCAUAGCUAUGAAACACGAAACAGAAGUAUAUGAUGGUGAACCAUUAACUUUUGAAAGUGUCUAUAAUCGAUAUGUUAAAUUUACAAAUCAAAAUUCUUUCAUUCAUUCUGUUCAAAGACCAGUCAUCAUGAAAGCCUUUGAACAUAUUAAGAAUUUAGAAUUUAUAAUACCUAUAAGUAAUGCAAAUACAAGAAUCGAUAAAGAAUAUCAAAGGUAUAAAUUUUCUUUGACAUCUCAACAAGUAAUGGAUGCUGUGAAAAAUUAUCCAGGACUUCCUACAGAAGUCUCCCAAUGGGCAUUAAGCAGUCUAUAAUGAAAAUAUGACUUUGUACAAAAUAUUGCAUACGCUAAGACUUUCAGAUCUGUAAUUUCAUUGUAUUUUAAUGUACUUUACAUAUUGUUUCCUUUAGUAAAUUUUCGCA